UCGCCAUUGGUCGAACUGUAGCCAGACUGGCUCGAGAACAACAAACAAGUCUAGCACAGCUCGUCGGGAUGGACGCAGCGUUGACAUAUGACACGCUUCGCUUUGGCGAGUUUGAGGAUUUCCCCGAGACCUCCGACCCUGUUUGGAUUUUAGGGAGGGAAUACAACGCGCUCACAGAGAAAGAUGACAUCCUAUCAGACGUCACUUCACGACUUUGGUUCACAUACAGAAAAAACUUCCCCCCCAUAGGCGGCACGGGGCCCACGUCAGACACGGGUUGGGGCUGCAUGCUGCGGUGCGGGCAGAUGAUCUUGGGCGAGGCCCUGAUGUGCCGACACUUGGGCAGAGACUGGCGAUGGUCAUCAGGGCAGAAGCAAAGAGAAGAGUACGUCAGCAUCCUCAACGCCUUCAUCGACAAGAAAGAUAGUUACUAUUCCAUACAUCAGAUCGCCCAAAUGGGAGUUGGCGAGGGGAAGCCCAUAGGACAGUGGUACGGACCAAACACAGUGGCACAGGUUCUCAAGAAGCUGGCAGUGUUCGACACGUGGAGCAGGUUGGUGGUGCACGUGGCCAUGGACAACACGGUGGUCAUCGAGGAGAUCAAGCGUCUGUGCAUGCCUUGGCUGGAUGCGGUGGAUCUGGGAGCGUGCGGCGAUUCGGCGGCGACCAGCCAACUGAACGGCUGUGUGGAGGGCGCCUGUGCUUUCUCGGGGGAAGAUGUGGAACUUUGGAGGCCGCUCGUCCUCCUCAUCCCGCUCAGGCUUGGACUCAGUGAUAUCAAUGACGCCUACAUACAAACACUCAAGCAAUGUUUCAUGCUGCCACAGUCGCUCGGCGUCAUUGGUGGGAAACCAAACAGUGCUCACUACUUCAUCGGUUACGUCGGCGAGGAGCUGAUCUACUUGGACCCUCACACCACACAGCCCGCCGUGGAACCCUACGACGACGGCCAGGUGCCUGACGACACGUACCACUGCCAGCACCCGCCUUGCCGCAUGCACAUUUGUGAACUGGACCCGUCCAUCGCCGCUGGUUUCUUUUGCAGAACGGAGGACGACUUUGACGACUGGUGCAUGCGCAUAAGGAGGUUGUCGUGCAACAGAGGAGGCUUGCCAAUGUUUGAGCUGGUGGACAGUCAACCGUCACAUAUGGUCAGCGUGGACGCGCUCAACCUUACUCCUGACUUCUCCGAAUCGGACCGUCUGGAGCGCUUCUUUGACUCUGAGGAUGAAGAGUUUGAGAUCCUUUCUUUGUGAGGAACACGCCAACAACCCAACACAGUUUGACGCCUAAACAAACGAGCAAAAAGAAGAAGAUUCUCUUGUCUUUUCCCACGCGCCGAGAGGGAAAAGCCGCCAUCCGGUUUGGGAACGCCCUGGCCUCGAAAGGCAGGAUGGGACUCGUGCGUGCAUUCUCACCUCCAAACGUUUUACCGUGGGAGUCUUAACUGCAUCACUAACUAACGUUGUCAAAGGAGAGCAGAACGGUGCCUUGCCCUCCCCUAACUCCAAAUCCGCCCCCCCAACCCAGAGUCCGUCCCGUCGCCCGCUUCAUCUAAAAGCAUAGCAAAAGUAUCCUUGGCCACCAGACUUAUUUAUUUACUCACCAUCAUACAAGGGAGCAAAGCUAAGCUAGGCUACACAUCUACACUGAAUGACUUCUAAACUUUCGAAUGCGCAUAAAUGGACUAAUAAAUUCCCAAGCAAGUCCACUUAUGCCUUGCUAUGACUUU